GGAAGUAGCACUAUAUCAGAGUCGGUUUUGUCUGUAUUUGUGCCGCAGAAGGUGACGGUGGACGUGCUGGAUCACUUGGAACACUUGGCCUUGGUGGAUUUCCGUGACUCCGAGGGCGUGGAGCGGCUGCAGAAGGCGAUCCAGUUUGCUGAUCAGCUUCAUGAAGUGAACACGGAUGGCGUAGAACCGAUGGAUUCAGUCCUGGAGGACAGGUGCCUGUAUCUCAGAAAAGAUGAUGUUACAGAGGGCAACUGCACAAAAGAGCUGCUGAAAAACGCCAGAGAGAAAGUUGAAGAAUAUUUUGUAGCCCCACCAGGUAACAUCCCUUUGCCAAAACUGGAAGAACAAGAGACUUACCUGCCGAGCUCUUAG